CUAGCGGCAUGUAAGACACUAGCGAGGCAAAAAAGUGUCAUAAGAUCGAUGUCUGGUUUCAUCUGUAGACGGGCGGCGCGGGGCGUUCACGGUGGCGAAGAGGUUACUCUAGAACACCUCGCCCUCCCCUCGCAACGCGAGGCAAAACUGCCAGAGGUCUGGCUCGAGCUCCACUUGGGGCAAUCGGUGAGUCUCGGCGACCCGAAUGCCCUUUGCCGGCUCAAGUCAGGCCUGCCAGCGGUGCGCCCAAAAGACCGCGCGAUCGACGUCUGGCUCGAGGAGCUCCUCUCGGGGAAAUCGGUGAGUCUCGGCGACCCGAUUCACCCGAAUGGCCUAGACCAGGAGGGAGGCUUGCCAGCGGUGCGCCCAAAAGACCGCGCGAGCGUCGUCGUCCGCGCGUGCACGCUGCGAGACCUCGGCGGCCGGAUCUUGAGUGAACUCGAGGACCGGGCCGUCGCGGUCGUCAGCAACGCGGCGCGCGUCGGCGACGACGACGAGUCGCGCGUGCUCCUCCCGGUGAGCGCUAGAGGCGGCGCCUUCCGCGACUUUGCCGGGGCGCACAUCCCGCAGGCGUAUGAGAUCGUCCGCGCGGCGGGCCGCGACCUCGUGAAACGCCUCGGGGCUUGGGAGUGCGGAUGGGGCCCGCGAAACUCCCGCGUGGCGGUGCAGACGUACGGUCCGAGGUUGGUCCUGCCGGCCUCGGCUCUGGACUUCGACCCGGCGAUGACCGCCCAUGUGCGCGCCCGCGUCCAUAAUUUUCUAGCGGUGAGUCACUAGCAAGCAAAAAAGUUGCAUACGCACGCCUUACACACCACAUCAUCGAAGCGUCGUGUACAAAGCAGUGCUCUCGCCUCGAGCAUUUCGCGAUGCGCUGCAUGCGCCGGCCUCGCUGCGAUGAACUCGCGUUCAAAGAGCUGUGCACAUAGGCCGACGCCUUGACUGGAGCUGGGCGCUCCGAGGAGCCGCUGCGAUGCGGGCGCCUCGUGACGGCCGGCGCGACCGGCUGCAAGACGGUAUGCGCCUUGAUGCUGCGGCUGAAGGGCGACGGCCACGCCGACCGCGCGCGCGGCCGCUUGGGCGGCGCCUUCGCGAUGGGCUAUUUGGUGGUUCCUCCUCACGGCGCGUACUUCGGGGACAACGAGGCCCUGGGCGACACGGCCGCCGCGUGGGCGUCGCUCCCCGUCUCCUUGCCCGGCCUUUUCGGCCUCUCGCGAGUCAUCCGCGAGCCGGUCGGCGUCUUCGACCGGCUCCACUUCCCGACGUCGUCGGUCGACGGCGCGGUGUUCGAGCAGCUGCCGCUCCUGCAGGACACGACCAAGCGGCUGGCGCCGGAGCGGCGCACGAUCGUGGUCACGGGGCGCAACGUUACGGUCGAGGACGCGUACGCGGCGCUCUCGGCCCGCGUCGCCGAGGUCGCGAGGUGCGGCGCCCGCUUUACCUCCGCCGAGGGGCUCGGAGACCUGCCCGACGCGCGGCUGUUUCCGGACAUCGGAGUGGUCCCGUGGCGGCCGUCGAGACACGGCGGCCUGUGCCAGGGCUCGGGCGCCGGGCCGUGCACGUGCCGCGACGGCUGCGCCGCGUACGCGAACUUCUCCUACGCGGACGCGGGCGGUUCGACGGACCCGCAAGUCGUCCGGGCGGCUGCCGACGCCGUGCGAAGCCUGCCCCCGACGUGGUGCGCGACGUGCUGCGCCGCGGUGUGCGAGGGGACGACGAGGUUCCCCGUCGACGUCAUCAACACCGUCUGCGAGGGCCCGGGCGGCGGCGCGCCGUGCCUCGAGAACGGCGGCUGCGGGUCGUUGAGCCCGGCUUACGGGCUCGUGCCCUACGUCGGCGCGCCGGCGGACCGCGACUCGUUCGCGCUCGCGGCGCGCCAGGCGUUCGCGAGGGGCGAGCGCGACGGCCUCGUCGCGACGCACUGCGCGGAGUGCGGCCGUCGAGCGGCGGCGCUGGCGGGCGGCGUCGUGUGCAUCCCCUUGCGCACGGGCCUCUGCGUGGGCACGGGCGGCGCUGCGUGCCCGGGCGCGACGCGAGCGACGUGCGUGGUCGUGGCCACCGCGGGCGCGACGGGCGCGGCGCUCGGCGCGCGCGUCGCGCAGACGCGCGCGACGCUGCGGCAGCUCCGGACGCAUUGCCCCAAGUGCGGCGAUGCCGAGGCGCGGACGCGCGGGUCCUUCGUGUGCGUGCGCCUCGCCGGCGGCCGAACUCACUACUGCGACGGCCCCUCCGCCGGCUCGCCCUGCCCGGGCAACGGCUUUUUGGGCGUUCAGGCGCACUUCGACCUCGCCGACGCCGGCGGCUCUGGGGACGGCGACGACAUCUAUGACGCGUUCUUCGCGGCGCGCCGAGGCGGUCGCGUGCGCUUUUGUAAGGGCUGCGCCGUGCGCGCGGCGACCGACAAAAAGUUUGUGAUUUGCAUGACGGGCGCGCUCCGGCGGUCGAAGGCUGAGGCGACGAAGGUCAUCAUGAGCGCCUGGACGGUCGCGGGUCCUUCACUCGCGGAUUGGGGCAAGGGCAUCGGGCUGUGGAAGAACGACCGGUUGGGACAACGCGAGCUGGACAAGGAAGUCGCGAAGUUCCAGGAGCGCGCCGCCGACCUCGCCGCGGCGCCGGCGCCGGCGCCGGCCGCCGCGCCGCCGGCUGCGACGCCGGCGACGGCGCGCGCUCAGCCGGUGGACGUUUCUGCGCCGGCGCCGGCACCGGACUUCCUCCCCUGGCGCCCCUCCGCACGGAGGAAGCGGACGCGGUCGCCGAGUCCUUCGCGGUCGCCGAGUCCUUCGCGGUCGCCGAGUCCUUCGACUGUCAAAAGGAUCCGGUCCGAGGCCAACGCGGUCGAGACAGACGCUGCGCACGCGCUCCUUCAGCUGUCGUUCCUGUGACCCUCCAGCGCCUUCUUUCUCGCGUCGGCGGGGCGGGG